AUGGCUAUUCCCAAGACUAUGCGCGCUCUUCAAUACUCGAAGCCAGAGCACUAUGGCCUCGUCGAGGUUCCUGUACCUGAGCUGCGCGAGAACGAUAUUUUGAUCAAGGUCAAGGCCUGCGGUGUCUGCGGCACUGACCUACACAUUCACGAGGGUGAAUUCAUCGCCCAGUUCCCCCUGAUCCCUGGUCAUGAGACUGUUGGCGUGGUCGCAGCCGUGGGCCCCAAGGUGAAGGGCUUCGAAGUUGGCGAGCGUGUAGUCGCCGACAACUCUGAGCUUUGCGGCACCUGCUUUUACUGCCGCCGCGGCGACGAGCUAUUCUGCGAGAACUUCCAGGCCCACGGCGUGACGAUGAACGGCGGUUUUGCCGAAUACUGCGCGUACCCCGCCGGCCGGGUGUUCAAGAUUAAGAACCUGUCCGAUGUGGACGCGACGCUGCUGGAGCCGGCCUCAUGCGCAGCGCACGGUCUCGAUAAGAUCGCGCCAAAGAUGGGCUCGUCCGUGCUCAUCUUCGGUGCUGGACCUACCGGUUUGGUUCUCGCGCAGAUGCUCCGUCAGUGUGGUGGCUGCCAUGUCGUUGUGGCUGCGCCGCAGGGUCUGAAGAUGGAACUUGCAAAGGACCUUGGUGCUGGCGAUGUGUAUGUUGAGCUGUCGCGCCAAGAUCCCCAGGCGCAGUUCGACAAGCUCAAGGCCGAGAACCCGUACGGCUUCGAUAUUGUCGUCGAGGCUACCGGUAACGUCAAAAUCCUGGAGGACUCGAUCAACUAUGUUCGUCGUGGCGGCAAGCUGGUCGUGUACGGCGUGUACUCGAGCAAGGACCGCGUCUCGUGGCCUCCGUCCAAGAUCUUUGGUGACGAGAUCACCAUUAUCGGCAGCUUCUCCGAGACGUACAAGUUCCCUGCUGCCAUUGACUACCUGGACUCCGGAAAGGUCAAGGUCAACGGUAUUGUCAACAAGGUGUUCAAGAUUGACCAGUGGGCCGAGUGCCUGGAGUCAAUGCGUAACAAGAGCGCCAUUAAGGCUGCCAUCACCUUCGACUAA